AUGCGUCUCCUGCGUUUAGUUAAUCGAUUUUCGACCUCCCGAGAGGAGAUUUUUGGUGCAAUUAUACACCUUUCAAAGUGCAAGACCGUGGAGGAGCCCACGGACCGUGCCACUGACUCGGCCAACGGCCUUGCUACUGGCAUUUUCAUGCAGGAUCUGGACAAGGUUUUGUAUGCAAUGUAUUUCCUUUGUGCUGGAUUUGUGUGGUAA